AUGUCAUCGUCAACACCCAAUGACCCUGCCUCGCAAUCGCUCAGCACUCAUACUGUCCUAGAGUGGGACGAGACAAGUCCGAACGGCGAAGAGCGACACUACCUCACGGCUCCCGACCCCUCCGAUGCAAAGAUUCUUUUCAAGUCCGACAUUACUGCGACACCAAAUGACGGCGGGACUGGAUCGGCGGUCGGUGUCUUCAUGCGGCUGCACAUUCCCGUGAAGUUGAAGAAUGUCCCGCCCCGUAAUAUCCAUAUUCAUAUUCGGCCAUCUCGUGUUCAAUCAUGCACCUUCGCCGUUGCCGCCGAUGCUCCGGAAGCUAUCAGGGUGGUGUCUCGGGGCCAGCUGGCCAGUCUGUCGAUGAGGCUCAGCGGACCUGUCCAGAUCGUCGUUCCCUGCGCCAUGGCAUCAUCGCCGCGGCCAGCGAAGAACCGCGCAUCAGGCCAAGUGAUCGACUCUAUCCGAUCCCUUAGCCGAGCCACACAGCUCAUCAUGUACAUGCCGGCGAACCUGGCUCCCCGGGCGCAUCUACAACGUCUGUCGGCACUGCUCACGGGUGGUCGCUUGCAAGAGCUGCCGCCGUAUACCGAGUUGUUUAAGUUGUUUGGGGGGUCGGGAGGACGGAUAUGGGAUGUCGAACCUUUGUAUUCCACGACAUCACCACCAUUCGAUGGUGGCGGGGAAGGAGACGGGGAAGGCGACGGGGAAGGAGAUUGUGAUAUCCCACCACCGUACCAUGAAGCCUGUCCAGGGCCGUCAGUGGCCCCCGCUUCGAGAUCGCAUUUGCGGCCAAAGCCUGAAACCCGGGACGGAAAGCGACGGCGUAGUAGCAGCGACUCUGUGACUAUUGCAACGUCCAGCGAGGUUGUCAGGGCAAAAAGGCCUGACCUACGCGCUUCCCCUCCAAGGCCAUGUCUCCCCGAAAAGGGACAGAUUCCGGAGCCCUCCGUCUUGCAGCGUCUAGCGCUUCUAGAGGCACUCGUCCAUGCUCAAGCUGUGCAGAUUAGUGAUCUGUCGACCGAGAACCAAACGCAGCGGAAGCGAAUCGAUGAGUAUGAGACGGAGCUUGCGGCGUUGCGGUUGGAGAUGGGCCGCGUGGAUCGUGAGGUAGAUAGGUUGGAUGUGGACGUCUCGGAGCAGCGGGAGGAUAUUAUGCGUUUGGAGGGCAAUGUCCAGUACUGUCUCGAACGAGAGGACGAGAUGGUGGAGGCCAUCAUAGAUACGGUGACGGAGCAAAUUUCCGAGAGGGGGCUUAGCGCGGCUAAUAUACACUUCACCUUAGGUGGAGGUUGA